CCGUUAUUGAAGGAAAGAAAUUUUAUUAGUUCUCUACACUUACUAUACUCAUGAGCGGGUAUACGUUUUCUUCCCGCAGGACACAUACAGCACCAGGAUUAUGGAGCUGCGCGCUUCGAGCAUGCGCGCAUACCAACGGGACAGGCGGAAGUUCGCCUUGAUAUCCUACACGCUGACGAUGGCCUGGCUGCUGCUGGCCCUGCUCCAAUGGGUGCUCGUCUCCUUAAUUGCGGACGUCACUGUCAUCUUCAUCAAGUACUACUGGAUCAGUUUGAUUUUCUUUAUAUUGGCGAUGAUCAUGGUCACCAUUUUCAUAUUCUUCGAGAGGGUACGCACCAUCACCUGCCUGAACUGGCUACUGUGCCUGCUGAUAGUGGAGUUCGUGAUAAUCGGAGUGUUCACGCUGGCGGCACUCAGCCAAUGGCAGGAGCUGCUCGUUUGGUACUUUGUCUGUGUGCUGCUCUUGUUCGUCUUCAUACUAAUCGGAUCCAUUAUACCGCAUGACCUGACGCUGGAUGUCAUAAUACUGUUUGUCUUGGCCUUCAUUUUCCUCAUCAUCACCGUCUGGUUCGUUAUGAUCAGCAUUCUGGUGAAGACUCCAUACUCGUUCGUUGUCUACCAGGUGUUCAUCAGCAUCGUUGUGCUGCUGUUUGUGAUGUACCACGCUCAGACAAUCAAUGGCGGUCGAUUUGCGGAGAUGCGUCUCAAUGACUACCUACUCGCCGCCCUCAUCCUCUUCUACGACUUCAUCAUCCUCUUCCUGCUUACGUUCUUCCAGCAGCUCGUUAUGAGAGUCAUUGUGGGCAGAACCACCACCACCACUGCGAGUCCCACUCUUGACAAUCGUGGUAUGGUUUUCUUUGAUCCCAUCAUAGGCCCGGUCCAAGAAGACUAUAUGGACGAUGAUGACAACAGCACCACAACAGCCCAAAUGGUGUUUAAAUAAAGAGGGAAACAAAGGGGAAGCAUGGCCAAAUCCUUUUAAAUUAAACACAAAAUUUGGAGUACAUAUUGCAAGUGGUAAAACAUAUUAAAAUCCUGCCAAGCCACACGCUCCUUUGGGCUAACAGUUUUCAGUUCCCUCAGCACCAAAAUCGCAGUCAUAUAGAGCUCCAUGUAAAGGCAUAAAAUACCAUCGCUACUUUAGGUAAAAUAAAUGAACAAAAGCAGGCCGA